GCGCGGGCAGAACUUCACUGAGCUGCACGCGGGCAGCAGACACUUCCUGCAGCCUGAGGAGCGUCAGAGGCACGAGCCGGAUUAUUGAUCCUGUAUUGGCUCACAGUAUUGUUCACUUGUGCGCGCGCGGUGCGGAAGAUGCGGCGGCGCGGUGGCUGCCUGAUUCUUCAUCACUCUUCAUCAUGCCGUGUCUGGUGCCGCGGCGGAGGUUUACUCUCUACACACGGCACGUCUGCGUGAGCGGCAGCACGUCAUGUUCUCGGAGGUGAGCGACGUCAACCUGACGUCAAACGCCAGCGCUCCGCUGGAGCAGGACUGGAGCGACACGCCGCACGCGCGGCUGUCGCGCGGCGGGCACCGCGUGGUGUCGGUGUUCCUGGGCUCCAUCAUGGUGCUCGGCCUCCUCAACAACCUGCUGGUUCUGGUGCUGUUCUGCCGCUUCAAGACGCUGCGGACCCCCGUCAACAUGCUGCUGCUCAACAUCAGCGUCAGCGACAUGCUGGUCUGCGCAUGCGGCACCACACUCAGCUUCGCCUCCAGCCUGCGGAGCCGCUGGCUGUACGGCCGCCACGGCUGCAUGUGGUACGGCUUCAUCAACUCCUGCUUCGGGAUCGUGUCUCUGGUCUCUCUGGCCGUCCUGUCCUACGACCGCUACAGCACCCUGAUGGUGUGCAACAAGCGGUCCCCGGACUUCAGGAAGCCCCUGCUGGCUGUGGGGGGAUCCUGGCUGUACUCCCUGUUCUGGACGGUACCUCCCCUGCUGGGCUGGAGCAGUUACGGUCUGGAGGGGGCUGGGACCAGCUGCUCGGUCAGCUGGACCGAGAACUCGUCCAGUUCUCACUCGUACAUCAUCUGUCUGUUCAUUUUCUGUCUGGGGAUCCCGGUCCUGGUCAUGGUCUACUGCUACGGACGGCUGCUGUACGCCGUCAAACAGGUGGGUCGUAUCAGGCGGACGGCGGCCCGUCGCAGAGAGUUCCACAUCCUGUUCAUGGUGGUGACCACGGUGGUUUGCUACCUGCUCUGCUGGAUGCCGUACGGUGUCGUCGCCAUGAUGGCCACCUUCGGUCGGCCGGGAGUCGUCAGCCCGGUCGCCAGCGUCGUCCCGUCCAUCCUCGCCAAGAGCAGCACCGUCAUCAACCCAGUCAUCUACAUCCUCAUGAACAAACAGUUCUACCGCUGCUUCCGGAUCCUGUUCCACUGUGAACACCAGCUGACGGAGGACGUCCACUCCUCCAUGCCCUCAAAGACCACCGUGGUCCAUCUGAACCGCCGAGUGUGCGACAUCAGCCCGGCCGCCACCGAACACGCCGCUGCUGCCGGCUCCACGCUGCUGACCAGACCUGAUACUGCAGACAUGGAAAUAACCAGCAGCGCCGUGUCCGACAGAGCCGAUGCUGUCGGGCCACGGGAGGUCUCCUCGUGAGACCUCUGACCUCUGACCCUUCACCUGAAACCUCAACGACCAAUCAGCUGACUGGAGGUCCGCAGGUCAGAGUUGUGUGUGGCCGUAACGACGUGAUGUGGACGUCUACAACAGUGUAAGAGGAACGUGCCUGGAGGCGUUCAUGAAACUUAGAGAAUUAAAUGAACACAUUUCUGAUUUUUACAGAUCUUUCAUCAAUAAAUGUGCUGUGAUCACAGCAUUCGCCUUCGUAAAGACUAAUGUAUGGAGCGCCAGGAUCAUUUCUCUUCCUUAUCAAAUAGAAUUUAAACUAAAUGAUAAUAAUAAUAAUUAUCAUUAUUAUUAUUAUUAUUAUUAUUAUCCAUUUAAUUUUGAUUUACAAUAAACAACGAGUCCUUCAGAAGCAUCAGGACAUAAAAAACAUUUGGAGGCAGUCUCACGUCAUGGUCUUCAUCAGGCGAAUUCAUCACGAUAUUUAAUAACCAGAACUGAUGUAAACUUCCACUGCCUGUCUGUCUGUUCACUCCAUGAUGUCAUCAGUUCUUCUCACUGACAGACUGUCACGUCUUUAAUGAGAACGUUAAAUCAACUUUGAAACACAUUAAUAACAGUAACGAGUCACAACAACAUGGUUCUGAUCACUCAAGUGUCUGACGGUGUGAGAUCGUCAGUCACUUAUCACAGAAUCAAUCGACUGUGACGCGGCUAAUCGAAUAAUAAAAGAUAAACAUUAAAGUGAGUAUUUCCUGUGUGAGCAUCAUGACGCUGGUCUCUGGUCUGUUGAACGUCUGUGCUGUAAAAAUGUUGUUGAGGAAAGUUUGAAAUAAAGUUCUGUAAACUCG